GCGGGCCCGUCUCUCACUCAAACAUACAUCACGUACACUCACGUACACAUACCAGGGAGCGGGGCCAACACGGUUCAGCUGAGGAUAGCCUCCGUCCUGGGCUGAACUCCACGUUACAAAUAAGAGCUGCGGCAGUCCAAGUGGAGCAGAGCAGAGGGAGGUGCACCUCACUCGCGGUAAUAUUAAGUAAGAGAGACGAGCGAGCAGCCUGUUAUAGAUCCAUGGAGCAGCCGAGUUAGAGACAAGCAGCAGAGAGCGUACGAUUUACGGACACUCUAACGCAAAUUGGAGAACGGGACUAAGGAUUAUUUACAACAGGGGAUUUGUGUGCACUAGGUGGUGCUGUUGCGUCGUCUUCCAGUUGAUCAGACUCCACUGUGCAGCCUUUAGUGCUCAUCCAACAAAAUCCAGGAUUUGUUUAAGAAACUCAGGGUGGACCUGUGAUUUUCUUGAAUCAUGUAUGAAAAGGAAAGCAUCACCAUGCGGAGCCAACAGGAAACACCCACACUUCAGACCUUGGAGUCCCCGGGGGCUGCUACUUCCUACACUGAUGAAACUGUAUCUAUGCUGACGUCAAGCAGCCUCCUGGCCCGAUCGUUGUUGGGACGUCCUGCUCCCAUCAAACGCAAAGAGAGCCCGUCUGCCACCCUGAGGCGCAAGCGAGAAUUCAUCCCACAGGAUAAGAAAGAUGAAGGCUACUGGGACAAGAGAAGGAAGAACAACGAAGCAGCCAAACGUUCCCGAGAGAAGCGCCGGAUGAAUGACAUGGUCUUAGAAAGCAGAGUUUUAGCACUUUUAGAGGAGAAUGCUCGGCUUAGGGCUGAGCUGUUAGCCCUGAAAUUCCGAUUCGGGCUUGUCAAAGACCCAUCUAAUGCCACAAUACUGCCUCUUACACAACCCCCUCAGACGAAUUCUCAGUAUUACCUCCAAAGGGGAGAUGUCAAUAUUCCAAAUCCGAUUCAUAACAAUAGUCACAUAGCUCAGUUAGCAUCCAGGGCUAACAGGGAAGCAGGACACAUGUCAGAAGAUUCAGGGUUCUCAACACCUGGCGGGUCAAGUGUCGGCAGCCCCGUUUUCUUUGAUGACCGCCUGAGCGACCAUGAAAAACUAUCCCCACAUCGAGGGGAGGAGCUGGGGUACGAGUUGCACAAUUCUCCCAGUGAGAUCCACCACAGCCCAGUAGUGCCAGCAGCCGGUAAAUUGGACCAGCCAGACACAUUCAAAAACCUGCCUCACAAACUGCGUUUCAAGACAAGUGGAGAGGGAAGUGAGCAGACAGGGGAUGCUCAAAGUAAAGGAUAUAACAUGGAGCAUGGACAUUGGGGUAACCAUGGAGACGCAGAAGAGAGAGCCAGAAGAUCCCCACAACAGCACCCCUCUCCCCCCACAGCUGGUCAGUCCCCCGGGCAUGGCCACAGUGACGUUUACCGGCAGGAAAACCAUACACUUAAGUCCCAGAUCUCCUCCCUGACAGAGGAGGUGGCCCAACUCAAGAGGCUCUUCACAGAACAGCUCAUGGCCAAAGUCUAGCAGUGCGAACAGAGCCAGGACAAUUUGUGUUUGCUCAUCAAUAUGUUUACAUGACUACAAUGCUUUUCUGACUAAAGAUGGGCUCAUACAUUUAAAGAGACAAUUUGCAACAUUCUUCAGCCCUUUUUGGUGCUGUUCAUCAAAUUUCAUUUUCAUUAAAUUCAUUCAAAUUAGCACAAAAAAGUCAGAUAUUGAGAAUUAGAAAGAAGGAAAUACUGUUACAAAAUUUUCAGGGUUAACUUGCACCUUAUGACUAGAAUGUAAAUGAAAAAAAAAAUCUACAAAAAGGAUAAGUGAAUUUUGCACUAAAAUCCACUAUUGUGCAUGUAAACCUAUUGAACAUGUCCAAGCAGUUUCACUUUCUGUUACAUUGUUUUUAUACCUAUUGUAAUGUAAAUGUACGGUCUUGAUCCCAUAACUGUUGUCUGUAUAUUUAAAUAAUGGCUUUCGCCAAGAGCGCUGCAGACACAGGAAGCCUAGUGUAAUUAUGUUGUGUGUAUAAUAGCCUCUUUACCAACACUGUGACAACUACAGCAACAUACUGUAAAUCAGGAUUACAUUCAGACAGAGCAAACACAAUGGGAUAUACAACGAGUUAGCAAAGAAAA